AUGAACUAUUCCAAUGGACCUACAAAAUCUAAGAGAGAACUCCUUGAAGGGGAAGACGGUAAUGAACUAGAUAUUUUAGAUGAUUAUCCUAAGAGAAAGAGAUUAGCCUGCUCGAAUUGUAGGAGAAGAAGAAAGAAAUGUGACCUGAACUUCCCAUGUGCCAACUGUAUUAGACUUGGAUUGAACUGUAAUGUCAACGAAGAGGAUAUGAGGAAGAAGCGAUAUACUUCAUCAUAUGUUAAAUCAUUAGAAGGUCAUAUUGCAUACUUAGAAAGCAAUUUGAAAAACUUAGUGGAUAAAAUGUAUCCCAACGACAAAAAGAUGUUGAACAACAUGAUGAUUGGGGAUGUGAUAGCAGGCUUCAUUGACACUGCCAAGAAUGAUGAAUUAGCAACCAAUCCUAGUGUUUCUAAGAAAGAAUCAACUCAAGAAUCAAUAGCGAAUAAUGCUUCCAAUACUCAAAACAAUAAUGCAAAUAAUACUCUUCCAAAGGUACCAAUUCUAAAUCCGACGACUGUGCCGUCCAUUCCCCGUUCUGAUAAAAGUCCACCACAUGAUGGAUCUCAAGUGGAGAAGAGAAAAAGAACAUUUGUAAAGGGAAGUUUAUAUCCUGAUGGGCCUGUUAUUUAUAAACAUAAACCGCUAGCUACUGUAAAUUCAUCAGCAGUAUCGGUGUCUCCAUUAGUUUCUAGUAACAAUUCUUCCUCGUCAAAUUUAGAAUCCACAUUCACUAAUGGGAAAGAAUCUCACUUGAAGGAACGUAUCUCGGAUCUUAACACCACAGUUAUUAAGAGGGCUGCUACCAUUGGUGAUCUCAAUUCAUUAAACAAUGAUUCUAAGAUUUUAGAGUCAUUAUCGAAUUUUUACAAAUUUUUAUACCCAGGUCAUUUCAUCUUUGUUCAUCGAGAAAGUUUCUUAUAUGGGUUUUUCAAUCAUUCAGAAAACAAUUAUAAAGAUUCUCAUUAUUGUUCAGAAGAGUUAAUUUACGCAAUGUGUGCCGUUGGAAGUCGAUUGACUCCUGAGUUACAAGAUAUGUCAGAAAUAUAUUACGAAAAGAGUAAAUCAACUCUGUUAGAGCUAGUAUUUGAUGAGAAUAGCGUGGCGAAGAUCACUACCGUCCAGGCUUUACUUUGUUUAGCCUUUUAUGAAUUAGGAAAAGGUAAUAAUCAACUGGCAUGGUAUUUCUCCGGUUUGGCCAUAAGGGUCGGGUACGAUAUGGGAUUUCAACUUGAUCCAAAAGUUUGGUAUACUGACGAUACCGAUGUCCAAUUAACAGCCAGUGAGUUGAAAAUUAGAUCUAGAAUUUAUUGGGGGUGUUAUAUUGCUGAUCAUUUUAUAUGUUUAAUGUUGGGAAGAACCUCAACUUUGAGCGUUAGUAAUUCUACCAUCCCAGAAUCUGACGAAUUACCUGAAGUAGAUGGUACGGAAGAAUUCAGAUUUGUGGGGAAGCAUGUGUUACAAAUUUCACUACCUUUGAAAAAUUUAAUCAUAUUAUCAAGAAUUGUUCAAAUUUUCACAUCCAAGAUUUUCAUUGAAACAGAAGAAACGGAAGCCAAAGUUGAGUAUCUAAACAAUUUCAACUUACAAGUCCAAAGUUGGCGUCAAUCGUUACCAGGGUUUUUAAAUUGGUCCAAGGAGAUUUUAAAAGAUGAAGAUGUUUCUACAGAUCCUACAAUAUCUUACUUUUACUAUUAUUACUACAUUGUGGUGCUUACUUUCAACAAACCAUUUAUGGAAGAUUGUCCGGAAUCUCAAAUUAUCAUAUUUGAAAUCUUAGAUGAUUUGAAAAUUCUCUUUGAUAAUUUCAAACACAAAUUUGGUAGCUUCAAUAAAGCCACCUUGUAUCAAUUGUAUGUUUGUUUAUUAGCAAUCAACUGUAUCAAGAAAUUGAGACAGCAAACCAACCUAACAAGUGCGAACGACUCCAAAUGGGAUGAGCAACUGGAAUACUUCAACGAUAUCUUUUACAAGGGUCUCUCCCCAGCGUACCAGUUACCCAAGAGGUUGCAAGAGGACACUGACUACGAGAUGGAACAAGAAAAGCAAGGUCUCAUCCAAAUGAGCAGCAACACCAAUUACACUCAUGAUUUCUCGCUGAGUAACGAGAUUGACGAUCUCAUCAAGGAUCUGUUCGGAGUUCCGUAUGCGCCCACCUGA